AUGGCGAGAGACGACGUUCAUCCUGCUGCAUCAUUCCCAGCGACUCCAACCCCGGCCUUGAAGAAGUCAACCUCCAAUACUCAGAACAUGAAAAACCAGAAAACUUUACUUGGGUUUUUUCAGAAAACACCCACCUCUGCCUCGACUACCUCAUCGCUGCCAGAUCGGGUUGUCACUGACGUUAAGAAGCCGUCUGUUCUUGCUACCAAGAACUUCACCCGGAAGAGCAGCUCCCAGAUCACCCCAGCCCCGAGCAGUGAUGCCCUGGACGAAGACGACAAUCUCUCAGAACAGAAUGUAUCCAAGGAAAGUUCUCGGUCCAAAGAAGGUCUGCCUUCACCUGUAUCGUCAGCUAAUGGAGAACCUGUGGGGCAGACCCUAGCGGACGCUGAAGAGUUGACUGCCUUUGGAACACCUUCUCGCAAGGCAAAAAAGAAGAUGUUGAGUUACGCCGAGUCUGAUAGCGAAGGUGCAGAUAGCAUUGAUGACGAUGUGUUCAAACCUACAGCAAAAAGUCGGCCAGCAAGGCCGAACAAGAGGAGGAAAGUCUCGGAAAGCGCUGACGAGGAUGUGUACGAGGAUGAGAAUGUUUUCGAUGACGUUGACCACGAUGAGAUUGACAGUUUCAUAGCGCCAGACGACUCCGACGAAGAUGUUCAACGGCCGGUCAAGCGGAAAAGGGCCUCACAGCCUCAGUCCCGUAAAGUCACAGCAACUCAAAGUCCAGGGCAAAAUGAUGAGGAGGAUGAGCUCGAGCCAUCUGGAACAUCAAAUGCCCAGCGAUGGAUCUUUGAUCCUAAUAAUCCUAGGGCACUGCAACCCCGGCCAAUUAAUGCACAAAGCAAAGCCCCAGGAGCAUAUGAUAAGAAACAGAAGCCAAAGGCUCAUACGAAAGAGCCAGAAGAUCGGUAUCCUUGGCUGGCAGAUAUACGAGACAUCGAUCGGCAUCCUCGAGAGCAUCCAGAAUACGAUCCUCGCACACUAUACAUACCUCCACUGGCCUGGGCCAAGUUCUCACCCUUCGAGAAGCAAUACUGGGAGAUCAAACAGAAAUUCUGGGACACCAUUGUAUUUUUCAAAAAGGGCAAAUUCUACGAGCUCUAUGAAAAUGAUGCCACCAUUGGGCAUCAGCUCUUUGAUCUCAAGCUGACAGAUAGAGUCAACAUGCGCAUGGUCGGAGUUCCCGAAAGUAGCCUUGAACUCUGGGCAAACCAAUUCGUGGCCAAAGGUUUCAAGAUCGCGCGAGUUGACCAGCAAGAAAACGCGCUUGGCAAGGAAAUGCGUGAAAGAGAUGAGAAAGUCAGCGGCGCAAAAAAGCAGGACAAGGAUAAGGUAAUCAAGCGAGAGCUUGCAUGCGUGCUGACUGCGGGAACACUGGUCGAUGGAUCAAUGCUCCAGGAUGAUAUGUCAACAUUCUGUGUGUCAGUAAAAGAAUCAUUGAUCGAUGAUCUACCGGCCUUUGGUAUCAGCUUCGUCGACACAGCAACAGGCCAAUUCCACAUGACAGAAUUCGUGGACGACGCCAGUCUCACAAAGUUCGAGACCUUCGUGGCUCAGACGAGACCACAAGAAAUCCUUCUCGAAAAGGGCAAUGUCUCAGUCAAGACACUGCGCAUACUCAAGAACAAUACAGGACCAACCACAAUAUGGAAUUACAUGAAGCCAGGCAAAGAGUUUUGGGAAGCAGAUAUCACCAUCAAAGAGCUCCAGGCAAGCGAGUACUUUCCGGAAGCUUGGCCAACCGUGCUAGAACAAGCGAAGGAAAAGGAGCUCCUCAUGUCAGCAUUUGGUGCGCUGACCCAAUAUCUGCGGACUCUCAAGAUUGAGCGCGACCUGAUAACGAUCGGUAACUUCUCAUGGUAUGACCCAAUCAGGAAGUCGUCGAGCCUUGUUCUCGAUGGCCAGACCUUGAUCAAUCUCGAAGUCUUUGCCAACUCAUUUGAUGGCGGUUCGGAAGGCACUUUGUUUCAGCUGCUGAACCGUUGCAUCACCCCUUUCGGGAAGCGUAUGUUCAAAGCAUGGGUGUGCCACCCUUUGAUGGACAUCAAGAAGAUCAACGCCAGACUCGACGCAGUAGAAUCACUUAACGCUGAUACUGUUGUUCGAGAUCGGUUUACCUCUCAGAUGACAAAGAUGCCAGAUCUGGAGAGGUUGAUCUCAAGAAUACACUCCGGGCAUUGCAAGGCUCAAGAAUUUGUACGGGUCUUGGAAGGCUUCGAGCAGACAGACUACACGAUUUCGUUGCUAAGCAGCAGUAGUGGCAACUCAUCUGACAGCGAGGGUGUUAUCGGACAACUCAUUGCAGCUAUGCCUGAUCUUGGGUCGAGGCUGGAGUAUUGGAAGAGUGCAUUCGAUCGUGAAAAGGCCAAGCAGAACGGCAUACUUGUCCCAGAACGAGGAAUCGAAGAGGACUUUGACGAUUCACAAGACACGGUGGAAGCGAUCCAGGCAGAGCUGAGCGACCUUCUGAAGAAAUGGCGUAAAGAGUUAGGCAGUUCAGCCAUCUGUUUCCGCGACAACGGAAAAGAGAUCUUUCAGCUCGAGGUGCCGGUCAAAGUUGGUAAGAUCCCCAAGAACUGGGAUCAGAUGUCGGCCACGAAGCAGGUGAAACGGUAUUACUUCCCUGAGCUUCGCGCUCUGAUACGCAAACUGCAAGAAGCCCAAGAAGUGCACUCUCAGAUUGUCAAAGAAGUUGCUGGCCGGUUUUACGCCCGCUUCGACGAGAAUUACGAGAUCUGGCUUGCGGCCGUCAAGAUCAUAGCACAGCUCGACUGCCUCAUCUCUCUAGCUAAAGCAUCAGCCAGUCUCGGUCAGCCCAGCUGCCGCCCGGUCUUCGUUGACGACGAACGCAGUGUCCUCGAGUUAAUCGACCUCCGGCACCCCUGCCUCCUAGCCAAUGUCGAUGACUUCAUUCCCAACGACGUCGUCCUCGGCGGCCCAUCCAAUGCCAGCAUGACCCUGCUGACUGGCGCAAACGCCGCCGGCAAAUCCACCGUGCUGCGCAUGACCUGCGUCGCCGUCAUCAUGGCCCAGAUAGGCUGUUACCUUCCCUGCGCAUCCGCCCGCCUCACACCCUGCGAUCGCAUCAUGUCACGUCUGGGGGCACAAGACCACAUCUUCGCCGCACAAUCUACCUUCUUCGUUGAGCUGGCCGAGACCAAGAAGAUCCUCACCGAGGCCAGCCCAAGAUCGCUCGUCAUCCUCGACGAGCUUGGGCGGGGAACCAGCUCUCAUGACGGCGUCGCGGUCGCUCACGCCGUCCUCCAUCAUCUCGCUUCCCAUGUCGGCUGUCUUGGCUUCUUUGCCACUCACUACCACUCGCUGGCUCAGGAGUUUGUGGCUCACCCCGAGGUGGAGGCGAAGAGGAUGCAGAUCCUGGUUGACGAGGUGGAGAGACGGGUCACGUUUCUCUAUAAAUUGGAAGCGGGCGUGGCGGAGGGCAGUUUCGGUAUGCACUGUGCCAGUAUGUGUGGCAUCCCGAGGGGAGUGGUGGAUCGCGCGGUAGUGGCGGCGGAGGAGUGGGAGCAUACAGGCAAGAAGGUGAGGGAGGGUGAGAAGAGGAGGGAGGUUGGGGGUGAGUUGGCGUUGGGGGUGUUGAGUGAUGUUGCUUGGGUCUUGAGGGGUGAUGGUGCAGGUGAGGGAGGGGAUGGCAAAGAGGUGGACGAGGGGAUGGAUGAGAGAGGGUUGGAGGUGCUGAUGAAGUAUAUUGAGGCUCUGUGA